UAUUAGAGAGCAUAGUGGCGACGAGAACUGGCGUGGGACGGAGUGAAGAGAGUUGUUAUCGAAGAAGAGGGAGAAUAGACAGCGGCAGGAGCAGAGCUGGGGGUGUGUGAGUGUGUUUGUGAGGUCCAAAAAGGAGCACAACACGGCGUGAAUGAGAGAGACAAGCUGGCGGAAUUCAAUAUGGCAUCAGGAGAUACGCUGUACAUUGAGACAGACGGCUCGGAGAUGCCGGCCGAGAUCGUGGAGCUCCACGAGAUAGAGGUGGAAACGAUACCGGUGGAGACUAUUGAGACCACGGUGGUCGGCGGGGAUGACGACGACGACGACGGGCAACCCAUGAUCGCGCUCCAGCCGCUGGUCACGGACGACCCGAGCUCGAUCCACCAUCACCAGGAGGUGAUCCUGGUCCAGACUCGAGAGGAGGUGGUCGGUGGAGAUGACUCGGACCUACAUACGGACGGCGGCAGUGGGUUCGAGGACCAGAUCCUCAUCCCGGUACCGGCUCCAGGGGUGGAGGACGAGUAUAUCGAACAGACUUUGGUGACUGUGGCUGGGAAGAGCUCGGUGGGUCGGGUGAAACGGGGGGGCGGCACUGGUGGCAAGAAAGCGGGCAAAAAGAGCUAUUUAAGUGGUGCAGAGGCUGGCGGAAGAAAAUGGGAACAGAAGCAGGUGCAAAUAAAGACACUGGAGGGGGAAUUUUCUGUUACAAUGUGGGCAUCGGAUGACAAUAAAGACAUUGACCAUGAGUCGGUGGUGGAGGAGCAGAUCGUCGGGGAGAACUCCCCUCCAGAUUACUCAGAGUACAUGACAGGGAAGAAGCUGCCCCCUGGUGGCAUCCCGGGCAUCGACCUUUCAGACCCCAAACAGCUGGCUGAGUUUGCCAGGAUGAAACCCAGGAAAGUCAAAGAGGACGAUGCUCCGCGGACGAUAGCUUGCCCUCAUAAAGGCUGCACAAAGAUGUUCAGGGAUAACUCAGCCAUGAGGAAGCACCUCCACACCCAUGGCCCCCGCGUGCACGUCUGCGCUGAGUGCGGCAAGGCGUUCGUCGAGAGCUCCAAACUCAAACGUCACCAACUUGUUCACACAGGGGAGAAACCCUUCCAGUGUACCUUUGAAGGCUGUGGGAAACGUUUUUCUCUGGACUUCAACCUGCGCACACACGUGCGAAUCCACACUGGAGACCGACCCUAUGUCUGCCCAUUUGACGGCUGCAAUAAGAAGUUUGCGCAGUCGACCAACUUAAAGUCUCAUAUUCUCACACACGCCAAAGCCAAAAAUAACCAAUGAGAGCCCAUCCACCAGCGUCAAGCAACAUCGAUGGGGGGUGGCAAAGAAUAUCCUAGCGACACACGUGAAACCUCUCUAAAAGACGGAAUGAAAAGCUUGAGACUUAUUGAUUUAUAUGGAAAAGUCUGACAGAUUGAAAGACUCAAAAACACUGAAAUUCAGCUAGUUUUCCUGCAUCCCCUUUCUUCUGCUAUCAUAUUGGCUGAGGAACACAGUGACUAUUCCCUGAAGCCCAGGCCAACACAGUCCCUCUGCUUCUCCAGUGGCACCAAGCUGCCAGAAGAUGGAACUCAUGGACAAACAUCAGAGACUUAUUUUUACCUGAGUGGGGAGAGAAGCAGCAAUCUAUUAGUAUUUUUAUUUCACAUAGCUUUUAUUUUCCCUGAGUGUGCAUAUUGUACACUUGACUCAGGCUGUGUUUAGUAAAAUUGUGAUUUUUUUUUCCUCCCUUCUGCAUUAUGAGAUCGUACCUAUGAUACAAAAGACCCCAGCGUGACCUGUUUCACAUGUAUGAGAAGUUUGAAAACAGCUGUAUGUUUGCAUUUCCAUACCUUUGGUUGUAUUUUUCUCUAACCACAAAAUAACCUUGUAUACUUGUAUUGUAUGGCUGUACUGAAAUUACGUAGACAUAGAUAGAGGUGUGAUUUAAAGUGUUAACCAAUUAAACUUUUAGUCAUGAGUUGCUUUAUAUUUUCUAUGAACUGUCUUUACACACAUGAAUGAGUAUUGCGAACUUAUUCACGGCGCAUCUCGAAGUAUCUGAAGCGUACAUUGAAUUGACUGCGAGACCACCACUUUCUUUGUUAGAAUGUAAUGUACAGACGUGAACCAUUAACUUCCUUUGUUGCUAUUUACACCCAUGUAUCACAGCUGCCCACAAUAAAAUGGGUCAUUCCAACCCUGACGAAAUAUACAAAA